AUGAGAAAUGUGAUAAUAAUUGGGUUGAUAUUAAAUUCAGUAUUGUGUGUAAGCCCAAUAGAAGAUGAAGUUGAAGAUUGGCCAUUUUAUGAAGAGCAUAAUUUUAAAACUUACAGUGGGUUUGUUGAUUUAUAUGAAGGGAAAUAGUAAAUAUAAAUAAUGAUAAUAAUGUAGAAAAAUCCAUUAUAUAUUUAUGGAAAGUAUAGAAAGUCCUGAAGAGAAACCAUUGAUUGUAUGGUUUGGUGGUGGACCAGGAUGUUCUUGCAUGUUGGGUUUGAUUUCAGAAAUAGGGCCAUUUGUGAGAGAAAAGUUUAGUGAUGAAUUUAAAUUUACAAAGAAUCAAUAUUCAUUACAUAAACUGGGCAACAUUUUAUAUUUAGAUAUACCUGCAGGAGUAGGAUAUUCAGAAAUUCAUGAUGAAGGUUAUGUUUGGAGUGAUGUUUAGACAGGAAUUGAUUCAUAUGAAGCAAUUAAGAAUUGGCUUGAUGGAUUUAAUGAAUAUAAAGAUAGGGAAAUGUGGAUUGGAGGUGAAUCAUAUUCAGGUAUUAUACUAUCUUAUUUAGGAAUGUAUGUACCUUGUACAGCUGAAGUAAUAGUAUAACGAAAUAUGGAAGGAUAGUAAAUAAUAAAUCUUAAAGGAAUUCUUGUAGGAAAUGGUGUUUUGGUGAAUGAUGAUGAUUUUUUUGAUUUAUGGAACAGAGAAUACAUGAUAAAAAGAAAUUUCUAUGAUUUAGUAACAUAGAAUAUAAUGCUUAUUUCUUGUAAGAAAUGGCCUCAAUCUGCAAGUUGUUAAAGAGCAUUAGAAAAAUAAGCAAUUGUAAUGAAAGAUUUAAAUCCAUAUGAUGUUUAUGGAUACUGUUAUGGGGAUUCUUCAAUAGAGUAGAAAGGUAGAUAUAGAUUUGUUGGGGACUCUGAAGAAGCCCCAUGUCUUGAUGUUGGACCUUUAAAUAAUUUCUUUAAUAAUCCUGAUGUAAAGAAGAAGCUAAGAAUUCCAGAAGAAAGAGUUUGGGAAGCUUGUAGUAUGGAUGUCUUUUUCGGAUUUGAUAGGAAUAAGGACAGUCAUGUACUUAUGAAAUAUUUACAUGAAAAUGGGAUUAAAAUACUUCAAUACUCUGGGAAUUCUGAUGAUAUUGUUAGCAUAGAUUACACCCUUGCUUCUUUAAAACUUAUUGAAGGUAUCCAAUUGAUAUCCAGAACUCCAUUUUCAAAUAAAGAGACUAAUCAACUAGCUGGAUGGAUCAUGGAAUAUAACUAUUUAACUUUGUAUAUUAUUAGAGGGGCCGGACAUUUAGUGCCUUAUGAUUAAAGAGCUAAUGCAUUCCAAAUGUUUCAAGAAUUUAUCAAUAGAUAAUGAUAAUCAAAAAUCUUAAAUUUAAUUUAUUAAUCACCU